GCCCUCCCCGCCCCCCGGCCAUGAGGUGUCCCCGGCUCCCGGCCGCCGCCCUCUCCCUGUGCCUCCUCCUGCAGCUGCGGGGGCUCCACGCCGCCCCUCCGGGCCGCCCCGAGCCCCCGCCGCCCCCCGGCCCCGCGGCGCCCGGAGGCCACGGCCCCCCGCCGCCCGAGGCCGAGGCCCCGUUCCGGGGGGCCGACCCCAAGGAGCUGGCCGCCGUGCUGCUGCAGGCGCUGGACCGCCCGGCCCGGCGCCCCCAGGACGGGCGGGAGGCCCCGACGCUGAGCGAAGCGCCGCGCGGCCAGAGCCGCGGCCGCCGGCCGGCCCCGCGGACCCCGGAGCCCCCCGGCCCGGACGCCGAGGGGCUGGAGGCCCUGCUCCGGGAGCUCCGCGCCUACCUGCCGGUGGGCGCCAAGAGGCAGCAGGAGGCGGAGGCGGCGGCGGGGGCGCGGACCCACGCCCUGACCCGCGUGGACCUGGAGAGCUCGGGGCCCGGGCCGGGCCGAGCCUGGAGGGCCUCCUGGGGGGCCUUCGAGGCCCACCUGCCCGGCAGCGCGACCCUCCCCCAGCCGCGUCGCCAUCGAGGCGGGGGCGCGCAGCCCGUCGAGGCGCGGAAAGGCGAGGGGGCCCAGGACGACGACGACGACGACGACGACCACGACCACGACGACGACGAGGAGCAGGAGCAGGAGGAGGAGCAGGAGGCCGGGGAGAGGCUCCUGGAGCGGGGCCUGGCGCAGGUGGAGGCGGGCAGGAGGCAGGCCGAGGCCACCCGCCAGGCCGCCGCCCGGGAGGAGAGGCUGGCCGACCUGGCCUCGGACCUGCUGCUCCAGUACCUGCUCCGCGGGGGGGGGGACGACAGGGGACAGAAGCUCGACGACCGCCACCACCGCCGGGGAGGGGAGGGGCGGGAGGAGCAGGAGGAGCAGGAGGAGCAGGAGGAAGGGGAGCGGGAGACGGGGGAGGACACGGGGGCUGACGACGAGGACGACGAGGACGACGACGAGGAGGACGACGAGGAGGAGGAGGAGGAGCGCGGGAGGCAGAACGCGCUGCUCUUCGCCGAGGAAGAGGACGACGACGAAGCGGGGGAGGGAGGGGAGGCCGGAGCCGAGGACAAGCGCUCCCAGGAGGAGGAGGGGCCGGCCCGCAAGUGGAAAGGGCAGGGGGCGGCAGGGGGGGAGGAAGAAGAAGAGGCAGAGGACGACGACGACGACGACGACGACGACGACGACGACGACGAGAUGGACCCCCAGACCAUCGACAGCCUCAUCGAGCUGUCCACCAAGCUGCACCUCCCGGCCGACGACGUGGUCAGCAUCAUCGAGGAGGUGGAGGAGAAGCGGAAGAGGAAGAAGAACGCCCCCCCCGAGCCGGCGGCCCCGCCGCCGCCGCCCCCGCCGCCCGCCCCGCCGGGCCCGGCCCCGGCCCCGGCCCCGGCCCAACCGGACGCCUGGAACGAGGUGCUGCCGCCCCGGGAGCGGGAGCCGGAGGCCGAGGCCGAGCUCCUCCCGGGGCCCCAGCGCCCCUUCCCCAACGCCAUCCGCCCCCGGACGUUCCCGCCGCCCCGCCGGCGGCAGCGGGACCGGCAGGACGAGGAGAUGGAGAAUUACAUCGAGCACGUGCUGCUGCGGGGCCCCGACGCCUUCCCGUGA